ACAACAUUUGGGGUGCCAUUGUGUGUCCCCGCCAUAUUGUCGUCCUGUGUCUUUGGCUGAGGCCCCCAGAUUUCUUCCCUCGGUAUCUGCAUCCUCUUGUCUGACUGCAGGAGUCUCAGGAGGACAUCAGAACUCCCGGUCUCUGAAAAUGGAGUCAGUGACCUUUGAGGAUGUGUCUGUGAACUUCACCCUGGAGGAGUGGGCUAUGCUGGAUUCAUCUCAAAAGAAUCUCUACAAAGAUGUGAUGCAGGAAAACUUGAGGAACCUGGCCUACAUAGGAAACAAGUGGGAACACCAAAACAUUGAAAAUGAGUAUGAAAAUCUCUGGAGAAAACUAAGUAACCAGUUGUUGGAAAGACUCUGUGAAUAUACAGAAGGUCAUCCUUCUGCAGCAGAAAUCUUUAACUGGACUCCAGAGUGUGUUCUGAACCAGAAAUCGUGUCCAGGAGUUCCCACAUAUGAAAACCAUGUAUAUGGAGAAGUGGUUAUUGGCCACUUUUCUCUAAAUGUCCUUCCUCAUCCUAACCCAAGACAAAAACCAUAUGACACUCAGGAAUAUGGAAAGGAGUUGAAUAAACAUAGGGAAUUUGGGAACAACAUCUCCAGUUCUACCACAACCUUCCAGAAGCAUAAAAGAAUUCACACCAAGGAGAAACCUAAAAGUAGUCACUGUAAUGAAGACAUUAGCUGUCUCACAUCAGGUCCAAAUGAUGAAAAGACUUCUACGGGAGAAAAACACUAUGAAUGUAAGCAAUGUGGGAAAGUAUUUACUUCUUCCAGUUCUUUUAGAAGGCAUGAAGAAUAUCAUAGCCGAGAAAAAUCUUAUGUUUGUAAGCAGUGUGGGAAAGCCUUCCCUUUUCCUAGUUCACUACAAAUACAUGAAAGGAUCCACACAGGUGAGAAGCCCUAUAUGUGUAAACAGUGUGGGAAAACCUUUGCCCGUUCGAGUUCUCUUUUAACACAUGAAAGAAUUCAUACUGGAGAAAAGCCCUAUGUGUGUAAGCAGUGUGGGAAAGCCUUCACUGAUCGUAGUUCACUCCGAUUCCAUGAAAUGAUGCACAGUGGAGAAAAACCCUAUAAAUGUACAAAAUGUGGUAAGGCUUUUGCUUCUUCAGGUGCCUUUCGAAAACAUGAACGGACUCACACAGGAGAGCAACUCUUUGUGUGUUUGCAAUGUGAGAAAGUUUUCAGUUGUGAAAGUGCUUUUCGAACACAUAAAAUAAUUCAUUCUGGAGAAUGUGUAUGUAAGCAAUGUGGUAAAGCCUUUACUAGUCACAGUUCAGUUAAAUACCAUGAAUUGAUGCAUAGUGGAGAGAAACCCUAUGUAUGUAAGCAGUGUGGAAAAACCUUUAGAUCUCCUAAACAAGUUCAAAUUCAUAAGCGAACUCACACUGGAGAAAAACCUUAUGUGUGCAAGGAAUGUGGGAAAGCUUUUACUUUUCUCGGUUCCCUUCAAUACCAUGAAUUGAUUCAUACCGGAGAGAAGCCCUAUCUAUGUAAACAAUGCGGGAAAGCCUUCAGGUCUUCCCGUCAGGUUCAAAUACAUGAACGAACUCACACUGGAGAAAAACCGUAUGUAUGUAAGCAAUGUGGAAAAGCCUUCUUUUCUUUGUAUCAUUUAAGAAGACAUGAAGUAAUUCACAGUGGCAUGAACCCCUACGUCUGUAAGCAAUGUGGGAAAGCCUUCAGUUGGUUCAGUACCUUUCACAGUCAUAAACAGACUCACACUGGAGAAAAACCCUACUUAUGCAAGCAAUGUGGCAAGGCCUUCUGUAGUCGCAUAUCGUGGAGAAGGCAUGAGAAAGCUCAUACGACAGUGAAGCCUUAUGCAUGUGUUCAAUGUGGAAAAGCCUUCCGUUCUCCUAGUUACCUCAAAAUACAUGAAAGAAUCCACACUGGAGAGAAACCCUUUAUAUGUUCACAAUGUGGGAAGCCCUUCCGUUCUUUUCGUUACGUGAAGUCACAUGAAAGAAGUCACACUGGAGAGAAACCCUUCGUGUGCACAGAAUGUGGGAAAGCCUUCAGUUAUUAUAGUUCUUUCCACAGACACAGAAGAACUCACCAGACAGUAACCUUGAAUUCAGAACUUGAAAAGUCUUCAUAACAUAAGACGGCAUUCAGAGAACUAUAAAGUUAAACAUGUGGAACAUCUUUUGGUCCUAUUCAUGGAUUAAGAAAGAACAUGUUUGGACAGGCAUAGUGUGGCUUACCUUUAAUCCCAAAAUUUGAGAGGCAGAGGCAGGGAAUAUCAGAGUUCAAGGCCAAUCUGUUUUAUAUAUUGAUUUCCUAGUCACUCAGGGCUAUAUAGUAAAACUGUUUCAAAAAAAAGAAAGAAAAGAAAAAACAUGUUUGUAUGUUUGACUAGAAGAGAUGUCCAAAUAUGAACACAUGUGCAAAUGCUUCCCCAAUAAAAUCUUUCCUUGUCAAAGCACAAGGAACUCAGUAGCAGCAAAUAGUGGGACAGUCCUUUGAAAAAAUUUCAUAUAUUGAUUUCCAUAAAUGUCAAUUAUGUGAAGGACUGAAUACAAACUUUUGUUUGUUUUAGAAAAUCCAAUAUCUGAAGAAAACUUUGUAAAUAUAUUGUACUUAUUGGAAUUUAUUAGCGAUUUGUUUCUGUUUUUCAGAAAUAGUCUUGCCCUGUAAUCCAGUCUGGCCUUGAUCAAAUUAUCUUCCUGUUUCAACCUCUAGAAUGUUUCAGUGAAAGAUGUCUGCUUCCACAUCCAGCAUUGGUAGUUCAUUCCUAAAAGAACCUUUUUGGACUCCAUGCUUCACAUUUUUGCUUUUAAAAAAAAAAUCUCUCUUUAAAACUAUAUGUAUAUGCAUGUUGUCUUUGUGUGAAUUUGUGCACAUUCAUGUAGUGCCUGCAGAGACCAGAAGGAGAUCUGAUUCUCUGGGGCUAGAAUUAUGGGCAGCUGUAAGCUGUCUCAUGUGGGUGCUCGGAACUGCUCGGAACUGAAUCCUGUCCUCUGCAAGACUAUUACACACUCUUAACCACUGAGCCAUUUCUCCAGCCCCUAGAAAAUUAUCUUUAAACUGAGUAUGUGAAGUGAAGGAUUGCUUAAGUACAGGAGAUGGAAACCAAAAAGGAAAAAAGAAAGAAAAGAAGAUAAAGGUACACUAUCAUUACAUUAAUUUAGUAAGGUUUCUUAGAGCAAUAGUGCAUACAAGUUUAAUGGAUGAAAUCUUUUUGCAUUAAAUCAGGUGGUUUUUUCCUUUUAUUUUAAUUUCUGUACAUUCACUGAUGAGUUUAUAGUUAUUUGUAAUGCCAGAAGGCUCAAAAAAAAAAGUCUUGUUUUCAAGCCCUUGAGAUUAUUGUAUCAUGGGAAAAAAUGACUUUUUGUGCAUAUUGAGAUUUUUCCCUCUUAAUUCAUAUGGUAAGCUCUUACCAUUUUUUGUAGACUAUCAUUCUCUUCCAUGAACAGAACUCACUUUCAUAUUAUAUAUUUUUGUUUGUUAACUUUCUUCUCUACCUGAUGUUUUUUUUCUAACAUUUCUUGUCUCCUUGUCCCUUAAAUUAUUUUCAAACCACUUGUAGAUUAACAAGUGUUAAUUCUUAGUCUACUUAGAAGGUAGGUAUAAAUGUCACUCUAUAAUCAUAGAUCACAUCACAUUUACAAGCUUUCCUAGUUUUUCAUGUCACCAGCCACUUUUAUUGUACAUAUUUAACUAAUGGUUUUUCUCAUGUAAAUGUUAUUUUGAUGUUUGUAUUGUUGUACCAUUGAUUUUUAUUGUAAUUUCCCCUCCAGUCACUAUACUAAGAGAGAUGUUGGCAUUUGUGGCCUGUUGCCAAAGACUGUUAGUACCAUGUAAUAAAUUGUACUAAAUCUGUUUGCGCACAGUAAGCCAGUAUGUCUCAUCAGUAAGAACAUUCCAUGGACAUUCUGGCAGGAUUGGUGUUUAACUUAAAGGGAUUUAUGGGGCUGCUUAGAUAUAGUUAGGUGCCUCUAUGUUGGAUGUACUGAGAUGUGAGUAGAAUUCUAUAUUUGGUAAUCAUAGGAAUUAUUACUUGGAAGGCCUCAAAUAAUGACAUGAAGAAAAUUUUAAUUCAUGGAAAUUACUACUCACAUUAGUGAAGAGAGGUUGCUUGGCUCAUUUUCACGAUUCAGAAUGUUUUAUACUCCGUCAGUUUUACAGGCAGCCUUACAGAGUGUCCUUUCCUCUUGUCCUGGUUAUAAAGGAGCAUUGUCCAGUGGUGUAAGCAUGGGACACAUGCCUUCACAGCAGCAGAUCGGCUUUGCUUUGAACACCAGUGUUCUGGGCCAGUUUUUACUUUUCUGAGUUACUGUAGCAGCACUACAGUAUUUCCUCUACUAUACUGCUUACUGCUCUUCACAAAUACAGAUGUUCUUAGUUACAGUAUUUCCUCUAAUAUACUGUUUACUGCUCUUCACAAAUACAGAUGUUCUUAGUUACCCAUUUGGUUAUGUUCUGAUAAACCCAUAGGAAGGGGUAAAUAUAGCAAGAAAUUAUACUCAACCUAGUGAAUAUUAAACCUUAGACUAGUCAUUUUCAGGACUCUUAUAUUUGGUUCAGAUUGGGGGAAGUAAUUUCUGCAUAUUGUUUCUUCUUUUAAAUUAAAAAGGUAUGUAUUAUUAUGCAAA